UGGUAAGAAGUAUUCUGCAACGCUUAUGUUUAUCGGAAAUAAGGAGGAAUGCCAAAAGAGGAUGGAGGCCCUGGAAGGUGCAUUAUCCCCAGAGCAAGCAAGAGUGUCCCAGUCACCAAAACAAAAAAAAGGAUGCAAUAGAUUGGGACAUCAGCAACGAAAUGAAGAAGUUGGAAAAAUUGGGUUCAUCUGUUUUUGAAAAUCAGGAGGUUUCCAGUGAUGAUGAUGGUGAUGAUGAAAGCCAAACUGGGUCUGAUUAUCAUCACCAUGUCCCCAGUGGUAGGAAUUUUCCCAAAGCCAACAAAAUUGCCAAAAGAGGGGGAAGUUCUUCUGAUGAUGACAACUGGAGAGAUAUGAUCACCAGAAAAAUUGAUUGUAUCUUGAAUAAAGUAGACUUCAUUGAGUCCCAUCUAAAUGUCACAAGCACAGAAUGGGAUAGAAGGGUGGCAACUCCUGAUAGUAAAAAGAUGAGGCAUGAUGGUGAUCAAGGAGAACAAUGGAGAAACUCCUCCCCUCUACCUUUACCUUCCUUAAUGUACAAUGAAACCAACCUCCUAUUACUCCCCUCUGGUGGGGAUUUAAAAAAAUAUGCUCUCAAGGUUUUUGCCAAUCUCUUCUCACUUGAGGAGAUGGCAAAUGGCAUCGUAGAGCCUGCCAGAGGGAAGGCUACUGGCAAGGUGGAGUUAGACCCUUACAGAGUUGAUCUACUAAAAAGAGCUAUAAAACAUAAAUUUGGCGAUGCCCAAAUGAACAAGAAGUGGCCUCAAAUAAGGCUCUCCUUGAAUCAAAAAUGCUUGGAUUCCAAGAGAAAAUUUCUCAUUGUAGAGGGAGAUGUUAACAAGUCCACAGACUGAAUGAACCUUUUUUAUACAAGAAAGAAAUAUAUGCAAAUUAAUGGUCAAAUGCUAAUUAAGAUGAGUGAUAGUGAGCUUUAAUUAUUUGAACACCUUUCCUUUAGUACAAAAAGUUUUUUUUUUGUUUUCAUACUUAAAUUACUCUAAAAGAAGAAAAGCCAUUGCAAACUGAGACAUGUCCCCAUCCUUAAGGUUAGCACUCGAGCUUUUGAGACAUAGACAAUAUUUUUUAGUGUUUGUUACUGCUUUUGCCAGUGCUGGUUUUAGGGAGUGGGUGUGCUUUUGUAAAAAUGGAAACCGAGCUUUAAUUCACAGUAUUGCAGUGCAUUUUGUAUUUCUAAAUACAAAAAUUCUUCUAAUUAAAAAAAUAACAAAACAAGUAUCACAAAUCAUUGUUUUUUAUCAUUAAGGGAAAAUAGCUGUCAAAUUUUUUGAGUUAUUAAUACAGUAAUUCAAUUUGAUAGAAAAAGUUUUAUCCCUGUCCUGCUGCUACUUUUGCUUGAAUAUAUUAGCAAAUUUUUGAAGUGGGAAAUGUAUAAUUAUAGUGUUGUUUGAAGUGUUUUUCCUUUAGAUAUAAUGGCUUGUU